GUCCGCCAAGGGCGCCCGCGUGACCAACGCCCGCCCCGCGCCCGUCCGCGCACCCGCCCGGCCCGCACCCGCCUCGCCAUGGCCUCCGCGCUCAGAUCGGUCAACUACGAGGUGCACGGGAUGGUGCAGGGUGUUUGCUUCAGAAUGUACACAGAAAAGGAAGCUAAUAAAAUGGGCGUGGUGGGCUGGGUGAUGAACACCAGGCAAGGCACCGUGACAGGCCAGUUGCAAGGACCCGAGGACAAAGUUAAUUCCAUGAAGACAUGGCUGAGCAAAGUUGGGAGUCCUAGUUCUCGCAUUGACCGUGCAGACUUUUCUGAUGAAAAAACCAUCUCCAAACUUGAAUACUCUAAUUUUAGUAUUCGACACUAAUAGAAGAGAAGUAACCAUUAUAAUGCUUAUCUACAAAAUUGCCAUCAUUUUAAAUUAGUAUAGAUUUGAUAAAUCAGUAUAUUCUGGCAACUUAGUAGAAGAUGGAAAAAAAGACACUUUCUGUUCUGAAAGCUACAUUAUGUUACUAAAAGUGUCUGUCAGAAAGAACUUUAUUCUAGGACUUAAUGAGCAAAGAGUUAGCAAUCUAAAAUUAAAAUGUCAUCCAAGUAUUGAGUUGCAUAUAUUUUGUCUUAUAGAAUCAUUGAUAUUAUAACAUGUUCAUUGGCUAGAUAUAAAAUAAAAUUAAUUUAAA